UGCACUGAUGGAGCGGAAAUCACAGAAGAAAGCUUUGUUAGUUGCAGCAGCAGAAAUAUUGGGGUGUGAGAGAUUUUAGUGCAGAACAUCUACAGGGACUUUUGAGAAAAGGAAUCCCAAAGUAGUUGGAUGAUGGGGUUAGAUGUGCAAUUUAAGAUUUUCCCCAUUUUUGUGACCAAAUACUUCAUCCGUACUCCAACCAACGAAAGGCAGCACCGGGUCUAAAUCUGCCGGAAAAAUCACACAAAGAAGAAGACAAACACAGGAUUGUGGGAAAUUUCGCACCUUGCGAAAUGUAGGCUACAUGCACAAUUUGAAAGGAUUAUUACAUAUUUAUCGACUUUCAUUUCGAUCAAAAUGUCUAAACUGCAGUUGUUCAAUGCGUAUCUGACUGAACGAUUAACAGCAGCUGCUGCAGAGAUAUCAGUGGCAGUAGAGAGAACGAUAACAGAUUACCAGGAAGAGAACGAACGUCUGCGACGACUACUUGAUUUGUUAACCAAACCAAAGUUUCAUAGAGCAGACCCCCAGCAACUCACGCUCCUUGUAUCUGAAGAGGAGGAACACUGUGAGCAGGAGUGGAGCCCAAGUCUGGGGCAGGAGGACCCGGAGGACCCAGAGCCCCCACACAUUAAAGAGGAACACGAGGAGUUCAGGACCAGUCAGGAGGAAGAGCAGCUUCAAGGGCUGGUUUCUGACACGAAAGACUCAACAUUCACUCCUGCUUGUGUGAAAAGUGACUGCAAUGAUCAGGGCCCACCUCAGCUCCCACAUCUUUACCAAACUCAAACUGUGGAGAACAAGGAGAAGCACUCUAUACCCACCAACACAAUUGAAGAGAUCAAAACAGAACCUAAUGGACAGGACUAUGGAGUACCAGAACCAACUAGUGACUCUCAUCCCCUCUGUCAAGUAAAUCCUGGUUGUUCUGCAGCUCAGAGUGAAGCCAAUGACAAUGGGAUGGAAAGUGGAGAAACACUGCCAGGAUCUACACUACUCGAAUCAACUAGAACAUGGGUAAAACAAGGACAAAGCUCCCAUACUAGUACUGAUGACAAGACAGCCAAACAGUUGCCCCAAUUUAAAUCCCCCAGUCAAAGAAAUUCUGUUCCUUUUUCAUGCAAGGUGUGUGGAGAGACUUUUGUUUUCAUGGGCCAUUUCGUCCAUCAUGUGCGAGAAACACACACAAAGAACCAAGACUACAUGUGUGGUGUGUGUGGAGAAGACUUUGAGUCCACAGAAUGUAUGAUCGAUCACCUGCAAACCCACACUACAGAAAUAUAUUAUUGUGAUGUUUGUAGCAAACGUUUCUCCUUUGAGUCUCAUCUGAAACAACAUAUGUUGGUUCACACUGGGGAGAGGCAGUAUCAAUGCAAAGAAUGUGGCAAAUGCUUCAUUCAUAGUGGACAGCUGAAUACGCAUAUGAAGAUUCACACACGGGAGAAAUUGUAUCAGUGCAAAGAAUGUGAAAAAUGUUUCCCCAGUAAGCAUAACUUGGACAGACAUAUGGUGAUUCACAUAUAUUCUAAUCUGAAAAUGCACAAGACUCACACAGGAGAGAAACGAUAUCAGUGCAAAGAAUGUGGGAAAUGCUUCCUUCAUAAGGGACACCUGAAUACCCAUCUAAGAAUUCACACAGGAGAGAAACCAUACCAAUGCAACGAAUGUGAGAAAUGUUUUGGCCGGAAGGAAAACCUAACCGCACAUAUGAGGGUUCACACAGGGGAGAAACCGUACAAGUGCCCAGUGUGUGGAAAAUGCUAUAGCACUGCACAAGUUCUAAAAUUGCAUCAACUUCAAAGUCACUAUCUAGGUUUCCAUCCAAUUGGUGAUGGAUUUUCAUGCGAAUAGUCCAUAUAGAAAGAACAUGGCCAUUUUAUCAUCUGGGGUGUGUUUCCAACAAACUGAAUUUUUAGGAGAUAAAAUGCUGUGUGUGAUGUAGUUAACUUAAGCGCAAAAGUGCUUUUAUGUUUUCAUAUACCAAAUAAAUGUUCCCAUUGCAUUUUCAAUUCUACAAAUGGUUUUGUCACACACUGUUUGCGAUAAAUGGUAUUACUUGCCCAAUCUGGUUUUGGCACAUGCUCUAUAAACAACAAGUCUGCUGAUAAAGUGGACGAGGUAGGUUAUAUGAUGAGAUAUGGAUAAAAUCAAUAGCCUUUUUAAAAAUGUGUUAUAAUUAGCAGCUAUCAAGUCACCAGCAUCAUUGGACAUGUGCAUGAAACUCAUCACCGUGCACUUAACCACCAUAACUUAUUCGCUUUUUUCCAUGUCGCGGUAGUAGGCUACAACGUCAUUGUGUGACUCGGAAGUUUAAUGCGCGACAUGGUGUUUUUUUCACCGCAAUUGUUGCGUGAUCUAUUUUAAUCGACCCACCAAAAAAUAUCCCACCGUGUCUAGCGUAUUUAGUUUAGUUGACAUUAGGAAGUUUUACAGACACAUUAGCGGUUUUCAAAAGGCCUGUCGUGACUUUAAUUUAUUUUAUUUUAUGCGUCAGGUCAUUGUCCUGUAGAUCACUUCAUUAUUCCUUUUUGUUUACAAAGCUCUACUGUACGAGUUUCUGAUUUAUCCAACUUUUCGGUUUAAAAUAUAAAAACAUGAGAAACCAAACCUGUUCACAAGGUUGGUUAACUCUUGAGGUUCCUCGAGUCGCCACCGAACUAGGUGAAUACGCUUUUAGUUAUAAAGCACCUCGUUGCUGGAACCAACUACAAAAUACAUUACAAUUGGAUGUUCUGGUGCCACUUAUUGAGGAAUGUAAUGUUUUUUUUAUUGAAUAUUUGUGUUGUGCUGUAUUUUACUGGUUUUAUAUUGUAUUUGAUUUGUCUUAUAAAUUGUAUAUGCAGGGCUCCCUUUGGAAAAAAGACCCUGGUCUCAAUGGUGACUCCCUGCUUAAAUAAAGGUAAAUAAGAUUAAUCUGCA